CAUGCCAAAGAUGUCGAACGAGCAGGGCAGAAUGUGUUUUCGUUUCUCCCAAGCCAAUCCGUAGCAGUACUUCAGCUGCGGGGCCGGAUGAUAGUCUCAGUGAUAAGCUGGUACUGCUGGAACAGAGACUAGAGGCCAUGGAAGCACGUCAUGAGGCGCAGAUGCAACAGAUGCAGAAUACACUCUCUCAGUUAUCAGCACUGCAAUCAGUGUCACAGCCCACGGUGCCGCAAUUGGAACCACCCAGUGAAGGUGAUAUAGUCGCACGCGGCGUAGUGAGUGAAGGCGAAUGGGAGGAACUCUACGACUUCUUCUACGAAAACUGUCGAACUGUCGUGGGUUUCAUGGAUGAUCAGAUCUACCAACCUAAAGGUCUCGUUAGGCAGCAUGCCCUGAUGUCCACUGUGAUUUGCGCCAUCGCUGCUCGAGCGAUCAAACCUGCAAAAUACCGAGUCUACUUGGCUGAUGCCGAUGAGCUGGUAAAGAACACAUUUGUCGGAGCGACUCCCGAUAUCCAGGCCGUAAGGGCAAUAAUGCUUCUGGGUGCAUUGGCCGGUCGAACUCGACUUUGGGGCUAUGUGGCCUCUCUCGCUGCAGAGCUGGGACUCAACACGGCCGCAUUACAACUGGGUGAUGUCGAGCACACAUCCAGUCUUGUUGACCGAGCAAGAACGUGGUUUACGUUGUGUUGCUUUGAUCUCACGAUGCACCUAAACCGACCGUUUGUCAUCAACAAAAUGAGAGAAUACCUCCCUUUCGCGAAAAAAUUGCUUGCAUCCCCAUAUUGUCAGCCAGUCGACCAUCGGAUUUGCGCCUACAUCGUGGGUUUCACUAUCCCUGCCGACGCAAAAGCACAAUUUCCAAAAGCUCAACUCCACCUAAAUCCUCUCGGGCCGGCAAACACCGAUCUCCUGGCAUCGUUUGAUCAGAGCAUCGACGAAUGGUUCUACAGGAUCAACAAUAUCAUUGAACCACAGUAUCAGACCUUUUCAGACAAGCAGGACCGGAACAGGUUCAUAAUUCCAUAUGCGUUUAUGAAAAUAUACAUCAACGGAUUCGCCUUACAUGGGAUGGAAGCGUCCGACGAACAUCCAGACCCCAAUCGGUUGGUAUUUAUCCAAAAGGCACUAGUUAACGCCAAUCUUCUCAUUCGAAGUCAAUUCGAGUCCGAUAACAUCCGUCGUCAAUUCCAAUAUACCAUAGACUAUCACGGCUCGCCAACUUACCAAGCAAUCAGCUUCAUCAUCAAGGCCAUCCCCGCAACAUAUCAAUACCUUCAAUGCGGAGAAUCAGUGACGGCACUUCAUCAAGCAGCUCAGAUUUUCCAUGAAGCAGGUGCCACAGAGGCUGCACGAGAGAUUCGACGCGAGCUGAAGAAAAUGGCCCUGCUCACGCAAACCGUUCUUUCCCCUAGCGAAGGUAGCUCUGUGCAGGAUCUGACAACAGUAAAUGGAGGGGGAAUUCAUGAUAUACCUUCUUUUCUAGACACUGCUACGUGGUACGAACCUUUCCCGAUGCUUGAUCUCUUUAUGCUUGAUUGAAUCGGUCUUUGUAGUUGGUUGCAGAUGUAAUUAGUUGUCCGCAUAAUGUAGUUCUAGAAUGAGAACGGAGAUAUGGAUAGACGCGGAGCUACCAGGAUUUCACACUUCCCG